GUUCGGCGUCAACGAGAUGUACUUGAAAAGAGCAACUGUCAGAGGUCUGGUGUCUGUGACCUUGAAAGGACGUUGGAAUGUGCUGCGCUCCAACGACAAGGUGGACUUCUUCGACAGGUGUGUGUCAAACCCGAGCGCCGGCUCCUUCGGCAGCUAUACAGAGGUGUGCCCGACCAAGUGCAACGCUGACAAUCCCGUAUAUCAGCUUACUUACUCGACUGAACACGCCUCCGUGCUCUGCCUCUCACCGCGCUCCCUGGGCGUAUUCGCCUACGACAACGAGGAUGCACUGGCCGUAAAGCUAUGUGCUUCAAAAGCCGACGGGUUCCCCGAUUUGAAGUUCGGCAUCGCCGUGUACGACAUCGACUAUGAUGACUACGAGAAUCAGUGCGCGUCCCUGAACAGAUUCGGCCGGCACAGCCGCCUGAAGCAGGUCAAGAAGGUGUUGGACUACAUGAGGCUCAACCUCGGCGAGAGCUUCAACGCGGGAGCGUGCGUAAACUACCAGCGGUGAAAGAGUUGGGCUUGGCCACGUUCUCGUCCGAUGCCGUCCGCUUCCAGGAACGAUGCGGCCAAAUAUA